CUGUACAAUAAUACAACAUUGUUUUGUCUUGUGUUAGCUAUCCCAUUUGUGGUCUGGGAGCUCAAAUGCUCUGUAACCUUUGAUGAACAUGGUUUUCACUUUCCACACACAAAGGGGAUAUCUGCUGCUUGGUUUUGAGCAUGAAUUCUUGUGUUUUUAACUGUAAGCUAUAUGAAUAUAUGUGUGCUAUUCAUGCAUGACACAGAUUUUGCCUUCUGUCUUAUUUGUCACUUGUAAACUGAUGAUAAACCAAACAAAUGCUAGUCAAGACCCCAUAAUCACCAGUUACUUUAGCAUUUUAUGCUGCCUAUAUAUAUAAUAUCCGAGGGAGAGCAUUUGUGUUUACUUUGAGGGACCACAACUUUAUAGUUAGUCAAGACUCACAACUUUUUAUUUUUUGGCUUUAGAAUAGAUGAAACAUCAGUUUGUGUCUUUAAUACUGUACAAAGUGUGGGGAAAUAGUGUGUAAUUAGCAGAGACCAUCAAAAGGACAUUUUAUCUGUAGCAGCAAAACUUGGUUCAGAGCAUGAAUGAUAGUUUAUAUUAUGUUUCUCAACUAGAAAUGCUUCCGCGAGCUAAAAAAAACAAACAAAAAGAAUUCUAAUAAUGUAUAUACUCUAGACUUUUGUUAUGAUAUUGUUUUUAAAAUCUCCUAUCCGUUGACCUCUACCAUAAGUAGGCAUUUAUUAGUACUUCCUAAAGCAGGAAUCUGUUGUGACUUGUGAGAUAUUUGUGCUACCUCAUUUAGGUUGUUUAUUUAAGUGAUCAAUAAUUUACUACAGUUAGGUCAAAAUAAAGAAUGAGAAAGAUGGUUUUUAGCCUCAAAUACAACAAACUAGACUCAACAUGAAGUAUGUUAUUUUUCCCCCUUCGUUAUAUCAUAAAUUAAUCCUUUUUACAUUAUUUCUUUGUUUCUUUAGCCAUUUGUGCAUGUUUCCUUUUCUAAUUUGUAGUCUUGGAGUCUGUUAAAAACAACAGACCUUUUCUGAAUUGCAGUGAACUGAAUACUUGGCUACAAUAUCCAUCACAGCAGUAACACACUCAUCCAGUACAUUCACAGUGUGGGCUGGUGUUUAGUGAUGGAGUUUUGCAUCUCCAAGUUGUUACAUGCUGAUUCAGUGGUGUGAUGCCGGGCCCAUUCACACUACACCUCAACCAAUAAUAUCAAAAAUACUAUUAAGAACAAUUACUACAUUUGUAUAGCACUUUACCCUCUAAGCCACAAUAUACUGCAGAAAAUGUGUGCAGUGUUAUUGGAAUCCUUAAUGCCAUCUCCUACAGUUGUUCAUAUUUGACUGCAACUUUUAAAGAUGAAUUCCACACCAAGAGGAAACCUUUGUUGCACUGACCACUCUAGGUUGACAGUUUCUAACUGUGUUGCACUUCUAGCCAUACCCAGUUUGGUUUCCAAUGCCUGUUGGGCGUGGACUGAAGUGUGGUCUGUUGCACUGGUCACAGUAGCCAACAGUGAUGUAAUGUUGCACUACAGCAUGGUGUUACAUCAUAUUUGGUUUGCGAAUAGAACAUGAGUGAGAUGAGGAAUGAGAUGGCAGCAAAAGCUGGUUCCCAGCCUUUGUGUAGAUACCCUUUUAAAAACAACCCUAAACAUAAAAACGGACUAAAAUAGGACAGAAACACUGUAAAUAGGGAGUGACCAGAUUUAAAAGCUCAAGUGCCUAAACAUACAAAUGUAGACUUGUUGGAACCCUGUACCUGGUGAUUAAUAUUCUGAUCAUCACUAUUGGUAAGAUAAAUGCAAACUUUGCAAUUCAUUCACAAAGGACAAAGCUGUCUUUGUUCUCUGUGACUCAAAAUUUAAGUAGGAAGUUUGAUGCUUGUACUGAGGCAGUUCCAUUGCACCACUAAAUCCAUGUAAGUCCCGUGUGUCAAGAAGGAUUUGCACUAAGCGUGUUCACAUCAGGAACUUCAAGCUGAAGGAAACCCUCCCUCCUUCCCUUUUUUCUUGUCUUCUGGUCUUCUUUGAACUCUGAUUUAGUUUGCAACAUGUGGGAACUACCAGCCUCAGGAAUGGCACUACUCCCGUGUCCACAAUGCCAUUUUGGGCCCAUUUGGGGAACUAAUGACCGAGGAUGACCUUAAUCGUAUCGAGAAGCAAAUUGAGAACCUGCAGGUCAUGCAUAAGGUCUCAGAAGUGGAAAAGGAAUUGGAAGCAUUGGAACGAGAACUGCACCAGCUCUUGCCAGUUUCUGCUGCCCUGAACCAAGGGCACUUCUCAGUCAAUCCAAAGCAAGUGCAUGGCCAAGCUGAUGAUCUUCCAGCCUGGUGCAACAAGAUUUCCACCCUACUCAAGAGUAUGGCCAUUCUUCUUGCCACCCUUGGGGGCAAAGAAAUAGACAUCUUGGAUAUUAUAUGUCCUGGAUAUUCUCAGCAAGAGGCAGGAAAUGUGAGCACAGGUCAGCAUGAGCCAGCAGGAUCAGUUGGCACUGGGUAUAUUGGUCGGUCCUUGUCCUUCUCAACAAGAGAGGAUGUGGAGAACGAAAUUAGGCAGUGUGGAGUUUCGGUGAAAAACCUCAAAGCCAAUUAUGAAGUUCAAAGUCAGUCACAGACAGAUGCCAGAACAAAUAGAGUGUACAAACGCAAGAGGUCACUCCCAGUGGUGAGUGAAUCUAGUUAUCCACAGACUAUUUCUGAGAAAGAUGUGCCUUGUUCCUCUGCUGGUGUCCCUCCGUCCCACACCAAUGGAGGUUUGCCUCCAGUGGAGGAAUCGAACCUACCACUUGUUGAGGAGCCGGUAAUUGUUGCAUCCCAUGCCCCUCAGACAUAUACAACGUCUGAGGUAAUGGCUCCAAAUAAUCUUGAACAGUUCAAUCAGGUUCUGUCCUCAGACCCAAUUUUAAAUAAUGACCAACUAACUCGAACCUUGGAGGUACAAACAGAUCUAAGCUACGUCCAGGAAUGCAUUGAUAUGAGAAAAGAGAGAAUUGUUUUUCUGUUCCUUGAACACUGGCGAAAAUACACAAUCUCUGAAUCAUACCGGCCUAAAUAUAAGAGAGGGAAUCAUUUAGAUGUGUGCUGGGAGGAUUACAACCAAUUCAGUGCACAGAUUGGGGAGGAGGUGCAGAGUGAAGAUGACAAACUACUACUUUUUAUGAAGUCAAAGCAAGUAGUGGGGAAUCUGAUUGGCCACUGGAGGACAAUCAUGAGCCAAGUUCCCACUCGCCAGAUUCGCAGGCUCAGUCGGGCCCAGAUGAUCUACUGGCCGGAGCAUUUCUUACCACACAUCAAUGGGUCACCUGUGAGCUAUGAAAGCCUGACCCUUGACCUCUUCAUGCUCGGAUACUUUCAGCUGUUGGAAAUGACCAUGUCCCGGAGCGAACGCAAAUUUCGUCACCUCCUAUGCUACGAGAUGUUUGACCGUCUUGGUAGCCAUAAGUGGGAGGUCAUAAGGGAGUUUCACAAAGAAGUAAUGGGGGAGAUUGAAAAAGGUAAGAGAGACUGGGUGGAUGGCUUUGAAGACAUUAAGUUAAAGUAUUUUGGAGAUUCAGAUGUUGGGGGAGGCGUGAUGACUGCUUCUCUGCAGUCCACGACUCCUGACAUACCCAUAACGCAGGAGAUGCUUCCUCCACCACCUUCACAUCCUCCACCUCCUCCACCUAACCACCCUGCACCUCCGCCUCCAAAUGUCCAGAAUGGUCCACCUGAACCAUCUUCACAAUUGGAUGUUUCCCCAUCUUUGCAACCGGCUGCAGAGUCUGUGGAUCAGAGAAAGGAGGCCAAUGUAAAUGCUGCUGAAGCUGUGGUUGCAAAUGGAGGAAGUGCAGAGCAGGACAGUGUUCAGACCAAGACUGAGCCACAUACUGAUCCAGUAUUAAAAGCUGAGGCACCGCAGGGCACAACAGAAAGCUCUAAACCAGAUCCAGUGAAAGACGUUCCACCUGCUACUGUUAAAAUCAUUGAGGGACCUCAUGUUGAUAAACCUCCGCCCAAUAAUGAACCUAAUGAAGACUCAAUUAAAGUCAUUUAUGAGCUGAAAGAAUUCAGUAAUGAGGAGAUAAUCAGAUACAUUGACCGGAGUUUUGCCUUCUGGAAAGAAAAGGAGGCCGAGCUUUUUGAUAUUUAAAAACUUCUUGGACUGUAAACUCACUUUUGGACCAGUUCUACUGUCCAGACCAGAGAUAAAAUGCCAGAAGGGCAGGAUCAGAGAAGCAAACUUUCUGAGCAGAGUAUGCACAGGGAGAAGAAACUAAUCUGGUGGUAGCUUUUUAGGCCAUGUCACAUAAGGGACUUAGCUCCAGUAAAGCAUCCACUUAACUGUACUGACUGUGCUUUACCAUUUGCAUAUUUCUAAGUGGAUUAAAAGAAAGCCUCAUGUCAAAAGACAAAUUUACUGCAAACAUUUUAUUGUAUACUGUGUCUAAGUGUACUGAGUCAUGAGAAUUUUCAAUCAAGUAAACUUAAAUGCCAUGGUACAUUACAUGAGGACAAAUUUUUCAAAGAAAAGUUAUGCCAUAAAUCAUGUAGUGUGUGGAUUUUUUUGUGAAGACAAAGUUUUUAACUGACGGAACUGGUGAAACUCUGUUUACUUGAUUUACAGCACAAUAAUCCAUAUCACAUUUCAUCUGCAGAUAAUAUCUGGUUAUUAUUUACAGCUAUUAAAACUAAAAAAUUUUUAUGAAU